AUGACGCUACCAUACAGCCCCGCGAACCCCCCACAAAAAGCACUCUCAGGACAAGACAAGAACUCGUUCGGGUACGCGACCCUCCAGAGUCGUCUCCCUGUGAUCGUCUCUAAGAUUGUCGAUGAUGUCUACCGGUCCUACCAUAACCUCUCGGAUGCUGACCCCCUGAAGAAGGAGAAGGAGCAGGAGGCUAAGAAGAUUAUUGAGCUUAUUGGAGGGUUGCGGUAUGAGCUCCAGCGCGAUAAACCCUUCAGACCGUUAACGGAUGAGAGAGAGGAUGUGGAGGAAUGGAACCAAACCCUGGCAGAGUACUAUCCAACUUCAUCCUGGUACAAGGCCUCCUGGCUCUUCUCAGAAUGUUACCUCUACCGCCGGAUCAAGGAAGCCUUUGCUUUAACACAACACUGGAAGGACUAUGACCCCUUCUUUGAGCAAAAACAAACCGUUUUCAAAUCCUCCCAAAAGGCCGUUGUCUCCAUGGCCGUUCAACUCACUACGCCUGUCGAUCCUAAGACGCAUAAAUCGGUGCUGGAUAUUAAGGUCCAGGAGGGACCCGAAUCCAAGGGGACCAGGGACGCGUUCUUUGAGAUGGUCCAGGUAUCACUUUGGGGCAACGCUACGGAUCUAUCGUUGUUGGAUAACCCGGAUCUGGCGAAAGUCGAGGAGCUGCAGAGGAGGAUGUUGAGUUCUGGAUCUUCGAACAAUUCGAGCGCGAACGCGUCGCCGGCGGCAUCAACGGUGCAUUUGGAUCAGGUGGCUCAGGAGGACCGGGAGGAGCACGCGUCCGAGUUGGAGAAGCAUGCGGAUAAAAUUCUGUCGAAUGAUUCAGAGUUGCUCUGGAGCAAGGUCAAGUCGAUGCGCAAUGGACGCGUCGAUAUCAUCCUUGACAACUCCGGAUUCGAAUUGUAUGUGGACUUUGUGUUUGCAGAUUUCUUGGUUCGAGCAGGAUUUGCCUCAGAGGUCGUCUUCCACGCAAAGCGCAUCCCCUGGUUCGUCUCAGAUGUCAUGCCCAUCGACUUCCAAUGGACCCUCGACCAACUCCACCGUCCCACCUCCGAUAACAACAACUUCUUCAACCCCACCGACCCAAUCGAACAACAAGCCCUCCAAGCCCUCGGUCAGAAAUGGCAAUCCUACGUCAACAACGGGACCUGGAAAGUCACCAGCCACGAGUUCUGGACGUCCUGUUACGCCUUCUACCACCUCCCUACCCACCCCUCGGCUCAGGAUCUGUUCCAGGACAUGCGACAGUCGGAUCUGUGGAUCUUUAAGGGUGAUUUGAAUUACCGGAAACUUGUGUAUGAUUGCGGUUGGCCUGUAACUACGCCGUUUACGAAGGCGAUUGGGCCUCUGGGAGAUGGGGAGGAGAAGGCGGAGGGUGUGCCGACAGUGGUAUCGUUUAGGACUUGUAAGGCGGAUGUUGUUGUGGGUUUGGCCGAGGGUGUGAAGGAGAAGAUGGAUAAAGUUGCGGCUAAUUGGCAGGUCAGUGGAGAAUACGCUGUCAUCUCUGUCAGCCCUUGA